AUGCAAAGUAACGCACACCACGAGAUUGCACAGACAAGGCGGUCCCAGCUGCAUUCUCGCGCACAAGCAUUCUGCGAUGCAUUUCUAGACCUCUCCAACAAUCCACCAGAAAAGAUCCUAUCAGACCACUUCACCCACACCGGCACUCCCAAGAUCACAGAACACGGACCAGCGUGGGCUUCCAAGCGCCUCCCCUUUCUCGGACGGACCUUCAGCGGCAAAGCAGAAUGUCUUGAAUACUUUUCUCUCCUGGCCAAGACACUUGAAUUCCAACCUAGUGCCGACACAUUCACGAGCCAAGGCAGCAUCGUCGUGGAUGACCGCGCAAGCGUCAACGAGGGCGACAAUCGUUCUGAGCCAUCUGGAGUUGCUAACAGGCCGUCGACAAGCGGCAGCAUGGGCGUUGUCAGUGUCAAGGGGAAGGGGACUUUCAAGGCGGUCCAGACAGGGAAGGCAUGGGAUGAGGAGUUCAUUUGGAGGCUAAGCGAGUAUGAUGAAGACGGUGGGAUUGGGCAUUGGGAGAUUUGGGCUGAUCCGUUAAGUGCUUGGGUCGCGGUUGGCGGUGAAGAUGUUGCUUAG